GUGUGGCCGGCUCCGUCCUCUCGUAGGCUGCUCGGUAGCUCGCAAUGUGACACCAGGACGCACACGCACUCGCGCGCUCUCCCCAGCUCGCACUCCCUCGCCCUCCUGUCUCUCACACACACACACGCACGCACACACCCACCUCUCCCAUAAACACACACACACACAUGCACACCCACACCCACGCGCGCCCGCACCGCCCCACGCGCGCACACUCCCGCCCACGCCCACGCCGCGCUCGGGGGAGUCCGGUCCCAGCUAGAGCGCGAAAGGAUACGGAGAAACCACCGGCGGGGAGUGCAGCGGCGCCCCGGGACGCGGCGCCCUCCCCGCGCGGCCGCCUCGGCUCGGGAUCGGCCUGGGGGCCGCCGGCCGGCGAUGGCCCGGGAUUGCUUGCUGCUGCUCCUUCUGGCAUCCGCAGUGGCCGCGAUGGAAGAAACAUUAAUGGACACCAGGACGGCUACUGCAGAGCUGGGCUGGACAGCCAAUCCCGCGUCAGGGUGGGAAGAAGUCAGUGGCUACGAUGAAAACCUGAACACCAUCCGUACCUACCAGGUGUGCAAUGUCUUCGAGCCCAACCAGAACAACUGGCUGCUCACCACCUUCAUCAACCGUCGGGGGGCCCAUCGCAUCUACACAGAGAUGCGCUUCACUGUGAGAGACUGCAGCAGCCUCCCCAACGUCCCAGGCUCCUGCAAGGAGACCUUCAACUUGUACUACUAUGAGACUGACUCAGUCAUUGCCACCAAGAAAUCAGCCUUCUGGUCGGAGGCCCCCUACCUCAAAGUAGACACCAUUGCUGCAGAUGAGAGCUUCUCCCAGGUAGACUUUGGAGGAAGGUUGAUGAAGGUCAACACAGAGGUCAGGAGCUUUGGGCCUCUUACUCGGAAUGGUUUUUACCUUGCUUUCCAGGAUUAUGGAGCCUGUAUGUCUCUUCUUUCUGUCCGUGUCUUCUUCAAAAAGUGUCCCAGCAUUGUGCAAAAUUUUGCAGUAUUCCCGGAGACGAUGACUGGGGCAGAGAGCACGUCUCUGGUGAUUGCUCGAGGCACGUGCAUCCCCAAUGCAGAGGAAGUGGAUGUGCCCAUCAAACUCUACUGCAACGGGGAUGGGGAGUGGAUGGUGCCCAUCGGGCGCUGCACCUGCAAGCCUGGCUAUGAGCCCGAGAACAGCGUGGCCUGCAAGGCCUGCCCUGCAGGAAUGUUCAAGGCCAGCCAAGAAGCUGAGGGCUGUUCCCACUGUCCCUCCAACAGCCGAUCCCCUUUGGAGGCGUCUCCCAUCUGUACCUGCCGGACCGGCUAUUACCGAGCGGACUUUGACCCCCCAGAAGUGGCAUGCACUAGUGUCCCAUCAGGUCCCCGAAAUGUCAUCUCCAUCGUCAAUGAGACAUCCAUCGUUCUGGAGUGGCACCCUCCGAGGGAGACAGGCGGGAGGGAUGACGUGACCUACAACAUCAUCUGUAAGAAGUGCCGGGCCGACCGCCGGAGCUGCUCCCGCUGCGACGACAAUGUGGAGUUUGUGCCGAGGCAGCUGGGCCUGACCGAAUGCCGUGUGUCCAUCAGCAGCCUGUGGGCCCACACCCCCUAUACCUUUGACAUCCAGGCCGUCAAUGGGGUCUCCAGCAAGAGUCCCUUUCCCCCACAGCAUGUCUCCGUCAACAUCACCACAAACCAAGCUGCCCCUUCCACGGUUCCUAUCAUGCACCAGGUCAGUGCCACUAUGAGGAGCAUCACCUUGUCAUGGCCACAGCCAGAACAGCCCAACGGCAUCAUCCUGGACUAUGAGAUCCGUUACUAUGAGAAGGAACACAAUGAAUUCAACUCCUCCAUGGCCAGGAGCCAGACCAACACAGCGCGGAUCGAUGGUCUGCGGCCAGGCAUGGUGUAUGUGGUACAGGUGCGCGCCCGCACUGUGGCCGGCUACGGCAAGUUCAGCGGCAAGAUGUGCUUCCAAACUCUGACAGAUGAUGAUUACAAGUCUGAGCUGAGGGAGCAGCUGCCCCUGAUUGCUGGCUCCGCGGCAGCCGGGGUCGUGUUUGUGGUGUCCUUGGUGGCCAUCUCCAUCGUCUGUAGCAGGAAACGGGCUUACAGCAAAGAGGCUGUGUACAGCGAUAAGCUCCAGCAUUACAGCACCGGCCGAGGCUCCCCAGGGAUGAAGAUCUACAUCGAUCCCUUCACUUACGAGGACCCCAACGAAGCUGUCCGCGAGUUUGCCAAGGAGAUUGAUGUAUCUUUUGUGAAAAUUGAAGAGGUCAUCGGAGCAGGAGAGUUUGGAGAGGUGUACAAGGGGCGUUUGAAACUUCCAGGCAAGAGAGAAAUCUAUGUGGCCAUCAAGACGUUGAAGGCUGGGUACUCAGAGAAGCAGCGUCGGGACUUCCUGAGUGAGGCCAGCAUCAUGGGCCAGUUCGACCAUCCCAACAUCAUUCGCCUUGAGGGUGUGGUCACCAAGAGUCGGCCCGUCAUGAUCAUCACAGAGUUCAUGGAGAAUGGAGCUUUGGAUUCUUUCCUCAGGCAAAAUGACGGACAGUUCACGGUGAUCCAACUGGUGGGGAUGCUCAGGGGUAUUGCUGCGGGCAUGAAGUACCUCUCUGAGAUGAACUAUGUGCAUCGGGACCUGGCUGCUAGGAACAUUCUGGUCAACAGUAACCUGGUGUGCAAGGUGUCCGACUUUGGCCUUUCCCGCUACCUCCAGGAUGACACCUCAGACCCCACCUACACCAGCUCCUUGGGAGGGAAGAUCCCCGUGAGAUGGACGGCUCCAGAGGCCAUUGCCUACCGCAAGUUCACUUCUGCCAGCGACGUCUGGAGCUAUGGGAUUGUCAUGUGGGAAGUCAUGUCAUUUGGAGAGAGACCCUACUGGGAUAUGUCCAACCAAGAUGUGAGUGUCAGCAGCACCUGGCCUUCCCAGCCCCUGCUAGACCGCUCCAUCCCAGAUUUUGCGGCCUUCACCACCGUGGAUGACUGGCUCAGUGCCAUCAAAAUGGUCCAGUACAGGGACAGCUUCCUCACUGCCGGCUUCACCUCCCUUCAACUGGUCACCGAGAUGACAUCAGAAGACCUCCUGAGAAUAGGUGUCACCUUGGCAGGUCAUCAGAAAAAGAUCCUGAACAGCAUUCAUUCGAUGAGGGUCCAGAUGAGUCAGUCACCAACGGCAAUGGCAUAAACUCUCAUUUUCUGUGGAGAGGAGAGGAAGGAAGAGGACUGGGCUCAAGGGGGACCCAGAGGUUGACCACUGUGGAAUGUUCCGGAGAGACUGGCUUCUCAGCUGAGAAAUGCCUUACAUCGGUGAAGAAUAAACUGGACCUGUUCCUAAUAAACAACCUCAGUUUCUUGGUGCCAGAAGCUUGUGUGAGAUGCUGUGGGAAACCAAAUACAUAAUAAUUAAAAUAUGGAAAAAGGUGAAGAAAAAAGAGUAUGCAUCGGGGCACCAGUAAACUCAGCUCCCAACCUCAGUGAGCUGGAAUCGUCCAUCCACAGGAAGAAAGGGAAGGAGGUAGGAGGGAAGAAACCGAAGCAGUUUUCCAUUUCCUUCCUCACCAAUGACAUUCUUUUCUUUUCUCCUUUCUACUCCUCCCCAGGAGUCUGCCCCCUUCCCCACACCCAUUUCCCUUUGCUCAUGACUCGCGUAGGGACGUUCCUUCAAACAAACCCCAGCUCCUGAGUCUCCAGAUGUUCUGUCAGUUGCCAAAGGACUUUGCUGACCACUGCAUGGGGGAUCCGACCAAUUCAAUUAAUGUCUUCAUAUUGAAGAAGAGAUGUACCUUCAAUGGAAAACCUUGUUUUUCUUUUGUUUGCAUUUUCUGCAAAAAGGAAAAAGAAACCACAAAUUGGGAAAAACAAAAAACAAAAACAAAAAAAGAAAGACCUGUUUCCGUGUGCAAGAGCACACGUAUGUAUGUCUGCGUUAUAAAAUGACUGUGCUCGUUCAUAACAGAUGCAAACAAGAAAGAAGAGCUGGGAGGUCUCUGCCCCUGCGAAGUCCAAAGGGGCCGGAACAUUCUGUUGGUUUGGUUUUCUUGUUGGCCGAAUUGGCCUAAUGGCUCAAUGGGGAGAGAGGGUGGAGUGAAAAGUAAAGUGAAAGGAGGGAAAAUCUCUCAAGAGCUUGCAAGUCCAGACAGGAAACAGGUGAGGGGUUUGAAUUGGAUGCAGUGCGGGCCAUUCUAGAAUGACACUGAUGGAUUAAUUAUUCUCGGUGAUAUCCGAAGAGAAGGAGGAGGAAAGUGUUCCUGGAGAAUGUUCUUCCACAUCCCUGGAAUCUGUAAGGCAAGAGGUGGCAAGGGAUAAUCCUUCUUACCUUAUCUGUGGACUGGAUGACGCCGUGUGGCAUCCGAAGAAUGUUUCAAAUGUGUCUGUGUUUCUCUGCAUUCCUUCUUGUAUCUCAUUGUUCAAUUCACUUUUGUAAAUUCUACCUAACAUUUGAAUAUUUUUGAUUUCUCCUUUUACCUGAAUCUCCUUGCUAAUUUUAUCUGUCUAAUUAAAAUGAGCAGAAGCAUGUCUGGGUUUACAUAGAAUGGUGUCCGAGUGUGUGUUCCCAGACCCCAGUGGGUCUGUCCCCAAGUUACAGGAGAAUCCCUAACUGUCCUUCUCCCCCCUAAUAUGGGAGAGACGGAAUAUAUCCCAGACAGUGGUACUCCCAUGAAGCAGAAUAUACUGG